AUGGAAAUUAAUUAUGAGAAUUUUGAAAAAUACCACGAAGCAAGUUUGAAGAGCAGCGCGGUUCCUAAGAGAUUCUGGAAAAAGUUGUAUGAAAAAAUUAUUGAACAGAGAUUUGACGCUGGAGAAGAUUUCGGACUUGCCGAGAAUUCGGAGGGGGAUAAGGGUAUCCCGCGUAAUAGAAAAUACAAGGUUGUUGUACGAAAUGAAGAAGGUAUUGAUUGUCAAAGCCCAGAGUCUAUCUGGCUUAUCGAUCAUUGUUGGACUUGGAGAGAUAGGGCAGAGGCUGCGAAGCAAUUACAGGAACACGAGAAUUUGAAGCAACGGCUUGAGGGGAUUUUCGAAAAGGAAAAUUUGGAAAAGGACGAAAUUCUUGAUGAGAUCUGGUCUUGGGGUCAAGUUUACAACAUCUGUAUCGAUGGCGAAAACGCAGCAUUUUGGUACUUGCUGGAUGAGUUCGGCUCGCGAAUCCGCCAUCAUGGGGAUCCCAAUUUCGUGGUCAUUCCUUUCUUCUGCCAGUUCUACGGCUACUCCAUUUCAAUUAUGUUCCCUAAGCGAAGUCUCCGUCCAUACGAAGAGGUCACAAGGGAUUAUGCGUCAGGCUCAUCGAAGACGGACGACCGUGUAAUUCGACUGUAUCCUUGGGUUCAGGCGAAAUUGGACGCCUCUCCUGCCGCUCCAAAGAAACUGGAUGAAUUCUUCGAGAAAAUCGCCGACAAGUUGAAAAUGACGCUUCCCAGUUUGGAAUCGCACAUGAUUCCGGAAAUCCAACCCCCAGCGAAAAACAUCAAAGUUUACGCGGAAACGGCUCAGGUGCAAAAACACUUAACGGACGAGCUGUUUGAGUUGGUGCCCGAUCGAAGCAACGCAGACAUUCUCUGGCUUCAAAAACCGGUGCACGACUUUCAGGAGCAGUUUGACCAGGCCCCACAUCAAAUUGUCAACUCGUUCCCGUUCGAGUAUUUGAUGACCGUAAAAGUCGACCUUACUGAAAUGGCGAAGCGAAAGCGCAAAGACGGAGAGACAUCAGUCCACUGGUAUUCUCCUACGUACGAUUUGCUCUCUGAAGCUUCCAAUUUCAUCGCCGAAUUCAAACGCAGAGAAAGAGAAGGACUCGAAAACACUUGGAUCAUGAAGUCUUGGAAUGGGCAGCGCGCGGACAAGACGAUCGUGACCAGUUCCUUGAUCGAAAUUCUCCGCCAUCGAGAACUGAACCAACCCCUCGUCGUCCAGAAAUUCAUCACCAACCAAUUCACCAUCAAUCGCCGCGCCUUCCAUUAUCGCUAUCAUUUCUUUAUCAAAUCGAUACAGCCAAUCGAAGCAUAUGUCGUCGACAUUGUGCGUGGGCUCUUUUGUCCCAAGGACUUUGAUUUGGAGAAACUGUACGACAAUGGGGGACUGUUAUCCAACGAUGAUACGGAUGGAGAUUACUCAGAGAGAAUGUUCUUUGAAAAGGACUUUGCGCCAAUGAUGAAUGAGCUUGCGCCAGGAAAGAAUAUCCAUGCUGCUGUUCGUGCUCAAUCUACGAGGAUUCUGAGGGAUGUUCUCAUUGCUGCAAUUUCUAAGGACUACAAUCCUCCUUGUGUUAUUUCGCACUAUCCCCAGUCUAGAGGUUUUUACGCCGCCGACUUUGUAUUGGAAAAAAGUGACGACGGCUCAGCUCGGCCGUACUUGUUAGAGAUCAACUUCAAUCCAAGUCUGGCAGCGAUGCUCUCGGUGGACCCAGACUUCAUGAACAAAGUAUUCAAGACAGUGUUCUGUGACGAUAAAACUUUAUUGCCGCUGAUUGCGUUACACGCAUAG